AUGUUAAAAUUAAUAAUCAUAUUAUAUUUAUUAUAUUCAUUGCGUUUGUGUGAGUGUAGUCAUAUUUUAGUUGUGUUUCCGGUUCCGGAGAAUCGACAUGGCGUUCUAAGUGAUUCUCUUGUUAAACUGCUUUUGGAUGACGGACAUAAGGUGGUUACCUACGUGACGCAGUUCCCCAGGGAGACGAGGGUUCAUAACUUGAAGUAUGUCGACAUAAGUUCGAAGGAUCAUAGCGAUGAAGAGGAUUGGAUCAACACUGCUAACGACACAUUGCCAAUGGAAAUCUUUGGAUUGCAAUAUGCUCAAAGAGCACUCAAACAUCCAAAUAUGCAGGAGCUGAUCAUGAACACGACUAUUUCCUUCGACUUGGUCAUCGCUGAAUGGUACUACUCAGGAUUACUAGCACCAAUAUCCGCGCUAUAUGAUUGCCCAUUCAUCUGGUACAGUGCUACAGACGUUUCGUGGAAAUCACUCAGUUUGGUAAAUUCCGAAGUUAGCACUUUUCCACCGUCCUCUCGGGGGCUAUCUAUUAUCGAGAGGGUUCUAAGGAUGUGGUCUCAGCUGCGAGUAAUUUUUUGGAAUUACUACCACGUCGCCUCCAAAGAGCUACCAGCGUAUGAACAGAUAUUCCGUGAGGCUUUCGAAGUCCGAAGAGAAGCUCUUCCUAAUUAUGAGACCCUGGUAUACAAUAGCUCAUUACUAUUUAUCAAUUCCCAUCCACUACUUAGUAACAUACCAGCCUUGCCGAUGAACGCUAAAUAUAUUGGAAGCCAUCAUAUAGAAGCCACCACGCCCCAUUUUCCAAAGAAUUUGAAGAAAUUGAUGGAUGAAUCUAUAGAUGGGGUAAUUUAUGUUGAUUUAGCUACAAAUUUAAUUAAUGAGAACAUACAAGAAGACAUAUUGCAACAAAUAAUAGAAGCAUUCGGUCAAAUUAAACAAACGGUAAUAUGGAAAUAUGACGAAAUCUUAGUGAAUAUACCCAAGAAUCUUUAUACGAUAAAAAAGCCACCACAGCAAAGCAUUCUGAAUCACGUGAAUACAAUAGCAUUUAUAAAUCACGGUGAUAUGUUAUCAAUAAUAGAAGCGGCUUACCACGGAGUUCCAGUUAUAGGAAUCCCUAUAACGGAAGACCAGAUCUCUAAUAUAGAUAUUCUGGCACAAAGAGAAUAUGGAAUCAAGGUCGAUUACAAUACAGAACUAUCUUCAAAGGUUGUUGAUGCUAUCGACACAAUUGCAGAGGAUAAAAGUUAUCGAGUCAAGUCAAGAGAAGCAAAAGAAAUUCUUCGAAACCGUCUCACAUCUCCUCAAGAAGAACUCCAAUAUUGGGUCAAAAUGAUCAUCCAAACUCAUGGUGCCACCCACCUUCGCUCUCCGACCCUGAAGAUCUCAACUUUAGAGAGAUAUAACCUAGAUAUAGCUUUAUUAAUUAUGUUGUUGUUUUGGUUCCUUACGAAAGUCGUAAAAGUUAUUGAAGUUCACUUUUGUAGUUCUAAUGAUGAUCUAAUUAAGAAAGAUUUAUGAUUGAUUCUUAAAUCAAGAGUAUCUAGAUUAUUAAAGUAAUUAUUUAUUUACUAAUAAGCGAAAGUGCGAUCAUAAAUAUGUAAAUAUACCAGAUCAUUAAUUUUGAUAAUAUUUUUAUUAAAACGCAUGUCUCGUUGGUGAGAAAAAGGUCAGUAUUUAACUUACUAAAAAUGAUGAAGUGUGUAAUUAUAUUGUAAAAUAAAUCGAAAUCGCCGAAAUGUUGUCAUUAUUAGUGCUAAUAAUAAAGAUAAUAUUUUACAAACAUC